UGGACCACCACCACCACCACCGCCAGUCUACGCAGUAUGAAGAACAAGAACAAGACCACUAAGUUUCCAGUUGCGCGUAUCAAGCGUAUCAUGCAGAAGGACGAGGAAGUCGGCAAGGUAGCACAAGCUACACCUGUCGUCAUUUCCAAGGCUCUGGAAUUGUUCCUGGCUAUGAUUGUGGAGGAGGCCAGCAAUGUCACGGUAGACCGCGGCUCGAAGAGAGUCGAAGCCUACCACCUGAAGCACGCUAUUGAUACUGUUGACAUGCUCGACUUCCUCAAGGAGAUCGUCGAGGCCGUCCCCGAUCCAUCGGCUGGUGGGACUAUCGACAUCGAAGCCGAGAACGCUGAGCGCGGGAAGAAGCGCGGAAAGGGCAAGGACAAGAAGGGCGCGGCCGACGCCAAUGGCGGCGAGAAACCGGCGCCGAAGCGGAGGAGGAAGAAGGCUGUGGACAAGGAGAAGGAGGAGGAAGAGAAGGAAGAGGAGCGCGAGAUGGAGGUGGACGAGGGCCGAGAAGACGACGAGGACGAGGGCGCGAACGGCGGCGGGCGCUCGCGACGAGAUGACGAUGACGACGAGUGGGAAGGUUGAGUCCUAGGAGCAGUAUCGCUGUAUGUUGUACGAUUAUUCUCGUUGCUGUUUCUGAGUGGCGUUCCUGUACAUGUUGUAUGUCUCACGCCCUUCCUCUAUCGGAGGGAUUGCCUUCACGCCC